GUAAAUUUUAAAAUAGAUUUUUGGCCAAUCAUUAAUCGAGAAGCUUGUAAUUACAAUACACAAAUGGUAUGAGCAGUGAAAUUCCACGAUUCAGGAAGAGUUGAGUAUGACCGGUGCUUUUAGAUUUAUAAAUACCGCAUCGAAACAAUUGCAAAAUAAGUUUCCUGCUUGUAAGCAAGGCAGAAGCUGGCUUGCUCAAACCUAUCAAAGGGCAUUGAGCUCCGAAGAUUGUAAACGAGUGAAUGGUCAAGAGGGAGAUGCUAAGAUCAGCAAAUCGCGUCCAAAACAAUACAAAUUUUUUUCUAUAGGGCAUGUGCUCCUAGAUCACACGGCUCAACUGCAUGCCAACGAAAUGGAUUUGCUGCGUACAUUUCAUAUACCACCGAAUACCAAAGGUGAAUUAGAUUUCCAAACUUUGCGAAAGUUGAAGGAGGAAGUUUGCAAAAGAGUGAAAUGUGUGGAAAGCCCUGGCGGUUCGGCUCUUAAUACGGUACGCAUACUGACACAUUUAGGCGAAAAUGCACUUUUCAUUGGUUCGAUUGGUGACGACGAGGCAGGACAAAAGCUGCAAAAAUGUUUCAAGGAACAGAACAUUGAAGCUCGUCUGUUUACAUACAAGAAUAUUCCUACCGGCGAAUGCGUGUCAAUCAUAAAUAUGGACACGCACGAUGAAGUGCUCUACGCGAAUAUUGGCGCCUCUGACCAAAUCAAUAUGGACCAAAUGAUUCAAGUCGAACAAGAAUUACAUUUUCUGCGACCUCCUGAGCGCAAGCAAAUCAUUUAUAUCGAAGGCUUUAUGCUAUCUCAGUGUGAAGAGAUCUGCACUCGUUUGGUGAAGAAUUAUGUGCGCGGGCGGCGUUGGCUGGCGAUUAACUUGAGUGCCGAAUAUGUAGUACGCAAACAUUUUGAUAUAAUCAUGGAAUUGAUAUGUGCAGCCUAUUUUAUUUUCGGCAAUUUCAAGGAAUUUUCCGCAUUGGCGGAUAAAAUGGGCUUCGGUGCUGACUUAGACAAAGCGCUCAAAACGAUAUUCGAAAUGACUUGCGGUCCACGUAUAAUUAUUAUUACCAUGGAUAGAGAAGGCGUUGUACUUGUUGCUAAUGUUGAGUAUGAAUCUGACAAUGCGGGAGAAGUAUUUUACCGAAGAUGUAAUGCAGUGCCUGUGGAAAAUGUGGUCGACUCAACUGGGGCGGGAGAUUCAUUCGUUGCGGGAUUCUUGCAUGCCUUCCUCAAUAAAUACAAACUGUUGGAUUGUGUUAUUGUAGGCUCUGCAGUGGCUGCUAAGGUGGUCACCACAAUCGGUUGCAAUCUGCCAAAAGAUUUCAAUGUGAGCACAAUAACAAAUAAAAUGACAAAAAAUAAAUAAAGAAAAAUUAUAUUUUUUUAA